AUGGUAUCAUUGUCUGGCCUAGCCGUCGGAGGACUUGUUGCUAGGGAAUUGGAGGAACUUGUUUCCUGUUAUCAUUUAUAUACUGGACCGAAAGCUGAAUUCGUUCUAAAGGACUUCCCCAUUAUUAAGGACUUUGUAGGAAACGAGGGAGCUGUAAGUAGCCUUGUGAAGACUGGUGGACGGUGGCUGUCUUGUAACACCGUCAUUGGUGCAGGACUUUUUGCUACUUCCCUCGGAUUAUUUGCAUGGAGGAAGUACAAGCAUCAUCGAGAGACCCGACAAGAGCGGGAAGGAUCGCAAACUCUGCGGAAAGAGAUGGAACGGGACGUCGAAGAAUCAAGCGGCCACGAUGAGGAAGUGACCCCCAGAACUGAAUCUCCAAAUUCAGCAGUUAUUGAAAGAGAUCUCCAGAUCCAGAACUUGUUGGCAAAGGAUGAGGAAAUGAAGGAGGAGAUCAAAAAUUUGGAAAGGAAAUUAGCGGAGGCCCUUCGUAACGAAGCGGAUAAAGACAGACUUUUUAAGGAAAACAAAGCUGAAACCACAAAAUUAAGAAACCAGUUUGACGCACAGAUGAAGGACCGAGAUAAUCAGAUAACAGAUUUGUUAGCGGCAGCACAGGAAAUGAGGGAGGAGAAUGAACACUUGGAAGGAAAAUUAGCCGAAAUGAAAAAUCAGUUUGCCGAACAGAUUGACCACAGGGAUCACCAGAUCCAGAGUUUGUUAGCCGAAGCAGAGAAAAGGAAGAACGAGAAUCAGCUUUUGGAGGAAAGAGUAGGAGAGGCCCUUAGGAAUAACGAGGACCUGGAAAGGAGGCUGAAAGAUGAAAACACAGCCUUAAGAAAUUAUUGUGAUAUACAGAGGAAAGAAAAUGAGGUUUUGGAAGAGAAAUUAAGAAAGGCUGAAGCUAACUUGGAUUGCAUGGAAAAGGCGUUGCAAGAAGAGAAAGCUGCAAAAAGAAGCAUGGAAAUUAUGUUGCGAAAGGACAUCUGGGAGGGAGAUCAACAACUGGAUAUGUGGAUGCAAAAAUAUGAAGAAUUUGCCGAGGAAUUCAUAAGUCUUGGGGAAAGAUUGGAAGAAGCUACCAAGGAAAGGCAGGAAAUGGAGCGCUCACUGAAAUCGGCUCAAAACUAUAUAUCGAAACUCAAUGCUUUUGUGAAGGAGAAAGUUGAAAUGCUUCUCAAGGCAAGAGCCGACUGUCAGGAAGCAUUGCAGGUAAAGGACGAAGAGUUGGAGAGGCUUCGGCAGCAUUCAAAUGAUCUUCGAGAAAAACUGCAAGAGAAGGAGAAGGAAUUGGAUCAUUUGAUGAUCCCAGGAGAGCAGCUGGAAAAGGAGGAGGAAAGUGAUAGCGGAACAUCGUUGGGUGAAUUAAACAACAGUUACAUUCCGGAGGAAGUAGAAGAGCAGCUGGAAAAGGAGGAAAGUGAUAGUGAAACAUGGUCAAGUUAUAGUGAAACAUUGCCAAGAGAUUGGGAAACAUGGUCAAGUGAUUGUGAAACAUGGUCAAGUUAUAGUGAACCACGGCCAACCAUUGAAGUGGAGGAAGUGGGUACAGAACUGGCUCAGGAGAGAAGAGCUAAAGAGGACGCAGAAGAGAUGAUAAGGAUGUUGAUCAAGAAGCUGGAAGACCUGAGGGAUGCGAAACUAUCGACCUUCGAAGACAAGCAUCACAUUGAAGGACACAUCAGGAAGCUGAGGAUGAUGGUGGGAGAUGAGAGGCGAAAGGAGAUGGAACAAAUCUGGAAAUGCUGUUUGCCCAACACGGAGGGCAACAUUAAGCAGAAAGAGGAGCAGCAAGAUGAACCACUGGUUUACGCGAGGCUUCCUCCUUAUUCUCUACCCUUUAUGGACUCUGCAAUACCACCGAGAUUGAAGGUCAAGGAGCCUGGCAGGAAAUUCGAGAGUCUCAAUAAACAACAGGAGGAGAUUCUUGAAAGGGAGAUUGAGCAUUUCAUGGGAACUAAUGAUCCUUACGAGCUUCUGAAUUGCUCUCCAAAUGCUACCAAGGAAGAAGUUUGGUUAGCAUACCAAUCUUUCAUGAAGAAUUGGAUUGGUAAAUAUGGAAGCUUCGACUUCUAUUCCAAGAGGGGUUUCCAGGACGUAAAAAAAGUCCUACUUAUGAUGACCACUCACUACUUAAAUUUGGUUUCUUCAGAUGAAGAUUUGGAGGUAAUGCAAGUUCUGAUGGGUGACCAGUCCAUGACAGUACCUCAAGCAUGGGGUGCCAUGAAGAAUGUAAAAAGUCAGAUGAGAGAAAUUCUCGAGAUGGGAGAGGAAACUGUUCUUAACAAAAACACACAAAUGAUGAAUUCAAUUGUGAACGAACAGAUCGACCAGCUUCUCGUGAGAAAGAAUAACCCAACAAUGGGAAAAUCGCUGGCACAAUGGAUGUGGGCUGCCAAAGGUCCCAAAACACAAGAAGAAGAACAUGAUAUAUAG